UCCGGCAUCCCACCGGCGCGUCCCUUUCUUUCCGGUAAACACCAUUCACAACGUUGCUCUUGCUAACCGGUUAAUCUAAUCAGACGCUGCUUCCGCCCCGCAAUGGAGACGAUCUGAUAAAGACACAUGGAGGAGCGUACACAACGGCACAUGAUGUCGCUUUUAAGGACAGCGGUUUUGUCAAACUGAGGAACAAGAUAAGCAUGCAAAUAUAUGGAAGAUUGACGGAGAGAUGCAGUAUUGCAGUUGAGUGAUUGACUUGUCUCCGAGAAGCAGUGAGAACUGGUUCGUUCUACUUGGCAACUUGCGUCUUGGAUCGUCUGCCUACUUGUGUACAGCCUUUGCUUUAAACUCUACUCUCAGCGAAGAUCAGUUUGCGCGUCUGCAUGGCGCGGAUGGCGGUCUCCGUGCUCUUCCUCAUCGCCGGCGUCGUGCUCAUGCUCGCGCUGCACGUCCUCGUCAUCGUCUGGGCGGUCCGGCGGGGCGCCGUGCUGCGGCUGCGCGGCGCGGCGCGGGAGCGGGACCAGGAGCAGGCGGAAGCGGCGGGUCUGACGGCCGACGAGCUGGGCGAGCUGCCUUGCCAGGACUUCAAGGCCGCCGCCGCCGUGGGGACCGGCGCCGGCGAGUGCGCGGUGUGCCUGGAGGCGUUCCAGGGGGGCGACCGGUGCCGCGUUCUGCCGGGGUGCCACCAUGGGUUCCAUGCGCAGUGCGUGGACUCGUGGCUACGCCAGAGCCGCCGGUGCCCGGUGUGCCGCGCCGAGGUGGCCUGCCGCGGCAAGGCGGCCGACGCGGUGGUUGAUGAGACCGCCACCUCGGAGAUCGUCGCUGAAAGACUGGGAGGUGCAGAUCGCUAGUGGAUUUUGUUUGACCGAGACUCGUGUGCCGUCGUUGAUUAGCUUGUGAUUUUUUUAGUAAGAUUAGCUUGUGAUUGUACAUACAAGUAAUCCAUCUAGCAUUUGGAGUCGUCCUUUGUGAUUUUUCUGAUUUCAUUCAUUCCAUACAUAGAUUUCCUGUUUGAUAUAUAAUACCAGAAUAGCUAGCUAAAUAUUUUUCUAUUUGAAAAGAAGGAUUA